GAGGCGCCAGACGGUGACGCGGCUAUUGGCCGUUGUAGGGCUCGGCCGAGGCGGCGGCGCUGAGGUGGCGGUGGCCGCGCCCGUCAGGUUGGAGCUAUAAUACUUAGUCUUAAACCUGCAGCAAUGGGUAGAACUUACUUUGUUGAGGAAGCUAUUGGGCAGUAUCUUUCAGACCUCAGCACAAACUUAAACCCUUAUGUCACUGGCCUGUUGAUAGGGCAGUGUUCCCCACAAAGAGACUAUGUAAUUCGGGCUGUUCGUACGCCUCCGAAGGAAGAGCUGAAGGGAGACCACAUCACUCCUUCAAAACUGGCAUCUGUUGAUGAAGAAUGGAUAACUACACAUGCCAGUCAGGUUUCUAGAAUGCUUCCUGGAGGCAUAUUAGUUCUUGGUGUAUUUAUUAUUGCAACUCCAGAACUGUCAAAAGAUAGUCAAAAUGCUUUGCGUAAGCUAAUCUUCUCAGUGGAAAAGUCCUUGACUAAAAGAAGGCUCUGGAAACCUGCUGAGGAGGAGGUCUCGGACAGAGCAGCUCUUCAAAUCUGUUCUGCUACAAAAAAAGUAGUUUGCCGAACCUAUGAUGUCCAAGAUCCAAAGAGUUCAGCUAAACCAGCAGAUUGGAAAUACCAGAGUGCUCUCUCUGCUUCCUGGUUAGCUUUGGACUGCACAGUAAAUGUUAAUAUUCACAUUCCACUGCUUGCUACUUCACCAAACCAUGACUUGGAGAAGAAUACCAAGAAUGGGUUAAAUCGAUGGUCAAAACAGAUAGAGGACAGUGUUUUUCUGAUCAAUGGACAAAUUAAAGAUGAUGAUACAGAACUACUGGAAGGGCAGAAAAAAAUAAGAGGAAAUACUCAGUCCAGUACUCAGUUUUCUGAUGUCAAGGUUCUGACACAGUUGUCCCAGAGUUCAAGUCAUAGAUCAACAGCUACAGUCCAGGUCUGCAGUGGUUCCAUAAAUCUCAAAGGUGCUGUGAAAUGCAGAGCCUAUGUACAUAACAACAAGCCAAAAGUCAAAGAAGCUAUUCAGGCUUUGAAAAGAGACAUAAUAAACACAUUGAGUGAUCGUUGUGAAAUACUAUUUGAAGAUCUCAUUAUAAAUGAAGGACCUCACAAAAAAAGUUUUGAGAGGGAAUAUCAUGUCUUGCCUCAAAGACUGUUUGUCCCUAUUGCUGGAUCCAGUGUGAUGCUCAGUGAUUAUAAGUUUGGUGAUGAGGCCGAUGGAGAAAUUCAGGAACGUUUUGUUGAGAUGUUGGAUCAAUCUGUGCAAGCUGAAGAUAUCCAUAUAGCAGAGGAGAUUAACACAGUUGAUAUUUCUCCAGUUACUGAUAACAUGGAUGACACACAACAGAAACAACUAACAAAAACAACAUUGCUGUUGAAACUUCAACAAAAUAUGGGUGUGGUAAUAGCAGCUGCUGUUGCAGUCUUUGCAUCGAUCUUCUCUUUCAAUUACUUCAGCGAUUAAACUCAAGCAACGGGAGCUUCAUGGAAAUAUGGGCCAGUUACAAGAUGGAAACACCUGGGUUUAAUAUAUUAGUAGUUAAGAAUUGUUGCCUAAAUAUCACAGGUUAGAUGUUGAAUUUAAAUUGUAAUUGUAGGUUCAGUUACCUUGUUCCAGCACACACUUACUGUAUCAAGUAGAAUCUUGCAGUUACAGUAUCAAGUAGAAUGUGAAUCAGGUUUACAGGAAACUAACCUUGUCGCUCUGUAUAAAUGAAUGAUAGUAUUAUUUUCUGGAAAGAUCCCUUAAAGAAAUGUAAACCCUUCAUUUUCUUCCUACUUGCUGUUUUAAUGCAAAAUGCUACUACUGAUGUUUUUCAGGCUAUUGGUAAGACUAUAGCAUAGUUACCUGGUGUGACAAUUCUUCCUUUUAGGGUUCCUUUGCUAAGAGAAUUCUCAUUUUGUUAAAGUUAAUUGGGGAAAAAUUAGAUUUAAUGAAGCCAGCAUUUGACUGUAUGCAUUGUUUUAGGUAAUACUGGUUAACUAGCAUAACAGGGACACAAACAGUUUCUAGUAGUUUCAAGACUAGACCAAUGUAAAUACCUUAGUUCAAGACCUGGAGAACUCAGAAAUCAAUAAAACUCAGAACUUUUGAGAUGUGUGUAUGUUGCCUUUUACUCAGUGCCUUGUGAGGAGGAUUUCUCUGUCCAGCUCCAAUUCAGUCAUUGUUCCCUUGGAAUAUUAACUAUUUCAGUAACAGCUACAUGUAGGCAGCCCUUUUGGAUUAUCAUGGAAGCUGUCAAAGUUGUUUGCUAAUUGGGAUUUUUAGACCAUAAACAGAUAGCUUUCCAUUAUGAGAUCUUCUCCAGGUAUUUUAGGCAAUAACACUAUUGUUUACAUGCCACGAGGAGAGCGGAAGGAGGGAAGAAUUCUAAUAAGGUUAGUAAAGAUAAUUUGUAUAUGAAGUGUGAUGUUUACUACAAUAGAAAAAAAAAAAUCCAGAUUUUAGGCCAUUUUAAUACCACUGCAAAUUUCUUUUUUGUAUAAAGGUCCUGGAAUGCUUAAGAAACAAAUAUGAACACUUUGGUUCUAAAGCAUAGUCAAGGAUGACUGGGUUGCUUUCAAUAAAAGGCAACUAUGAGAAAGGUGUCUUAAAUACUUUUGCCUCAUCUGUGUAUUCUGUUUUACAUGUUUGGAAAAAGAGCUGCUUUUAGUACUGUAACUAUUUUGGAACGCAGCAUUGAUCUUUUGUGCACAGUAUUGCUCAAGUAGGGCCUCUCAAAGGAAAGUGAAUGUUGUAAUGGAGGCAGUGUUUUCAGCUGCUGCAUGUUUUAUAGAUGCCUGUUACUCUGUGCAGAUGGGGGGAACCAAUACACAGGAUGGUAUUGUGCAGAAGCAGUUGAUUCCAGGGGAGGUUGAGUGCUAUCCAGAAAAUGAGAUGAAAUUUGUAAAGUGCUUCAAAAUGUAGUUGGUUUAAAAAUCGCUCUGCUAAGGUCUCUGUUACAAGAAGGAGCAGGGGAAUAAUGAUAAAAAACAACUUUGCCUUUUGUCUUUUUGUCUCCUUUUUUUCUUGGCGGGGGGGCAGGGGGGCAGGGGUUGCUUUUGGAGAUUAGAUGCAAAAUGGUUAUUCUGUAGUUGCCUAUUACUCAAAACUUGCCAUAUAAGUGGAGUACAACAUUUGAAAUGCUAAGAUAUCCUACACCAGAGAAGAAAACUGUCAUGAAACGCUCUUCCAAUAGUUCUUGUUUAGCACCUGUGGUGUAAAAAGUAGAUCUUGUAUGGAGGUAUUAUUCCAUGGAUUCCCUAGCAAAGAUCUAUGCUUUUCUUCCCUCCCUGCAGGCUUAUUCACUGUUUAUAAAUUAUCCUUCUCUUUAUGGUGUUACUACAGACUAUCAAAUUAAUCCAUCAAUUUAUAACUAGCUAGAUAUCAAGGUGCUGUGGGAGUCUAAUUUUCCAAUUUGAGAUUGGGCAAAGAAAAAUGUUGCUCUGGAUGACAUUUCUGCUUUAAUACAGGAGACUGCAUUUAACUACCAUCUGUGUAAUAAGAAAAUAAUUUAACUCUGUCAAAGAAAAAGGGAGUAAUUUGACUUGGAUCUACAGACUGAGCUUUCCAGUCAUCCUGCCAUGAGUAAAUAGUGGAUGUAGAAGAAAGCAGGUUCUUGCUUGUCUAAGAAUUACAGAACUAACUAGGAGGGGAUUUCAUUGUCAUCUUGCUCUCCAUACUUUCUGUACUGUUAACCAGUGAUAACAUAAGAAAAUGAAUUCUUAAAGAAGAAAAAAAGGUGUGUGUAAGAGAAAAGGAAAGCAAGCUUUUAAAAGUCUAUUUCUUGAAUGCUGUUUAGCUUUUGCUCAGGUUUCAUACAGGAUUAUCCUUUUCCUGCUACCUAUAUAAUCUUCUGAAGCUUCUAAUUUGUGAAAACUCUAUCGUGACUGAAAAAGAGCUUUGUUAACUUGUAUGCAUAACUGCAGAUAUAUUUUUAUUUUAAUAUGUAAGAGUCUAGAGGAACAGUUGGGACUUCCACAUCUGAAAAUCUAGCUCUUCUAAGUGUAGUUCUAAAAUUGGUGUUGGGGGAUAAUUUUAUACAAACCUUAUUUUCUGUGCUAUGUAGUUUUAAAACAUAGUUUUAAAAAACCUCAGUGGAUUUGUACAAUGAGGUUUAUAAUUCCUCACAUCUGAGGGGUAGCAUUUGGCAUGCCAGUAACAGACAUGCAUCUGCCAGAGCUUCUGUUCUCAGUUGGAUCAGCAGUGACAUCAUUGACAAUUACUUUCCUCCUCCAUUUUUGUCUGCAUCAGAAUAUUUGAGGGCACAAAGCAUCUCUGUGGCUGAGUCAAAAGGAAGAAUAACUGUAGCUGAGGGUAGCAGGAAGGCUGCUCACAUGUACUUAUUGGAGCAUUUAUUUUUUGUUAUUCACGAAUCUUCAUACAGCAGCAUGCUGUUUGAGUCAAGUCUUGCUUUUUGUUUUUAAGGUGGUUUGGGGUUUUUUUCUGCAGAAAUAUGGACGACUUGUGAUCAGAGCUUUAUCUGCAACUUCGUUAGUCAUGAGCUUCUGUUGAGGCUUAGCAUCACGUGUGUUGGGUUUUUUUUUGUUUGUUUUUUUUAAAUUACAGGUUAAAGGAAGUCCUGCUUAAGCAUGCUUAAUCUGUCUCUUAAAUUGGAGUGUUAGCUUAUUUCUUAAAACUAGCUAUAAAUGUAGUUUCUGUGGUGGUUAUUGUUAGGGUUUUUUUGCUUUCAGCCUGGUGUCUCAAAGAAAUGAAGCUUACAUGAUCAGGCUGCUGAUAUGCAGCCUAGUAGAUUUUGUACCAUGUUUGACAAAGACAGAAAGUUCUCAAGAAUAUUAAGUUCUCACCAGUUACAUGGAGAUUUUCUAGUGCGUAGAGGACAAAAAUUUUUCAUGCUGCUUCUUUAAAACAUGUAAGACAAAUACUGUACAGCUACUCAGGUAACUGGUUAUUUUGAUGAUAGAAGACAAUUUAUUAUUUUCUACAUAACCUGUUAUAAGGCCGUCAGAUUUUCAUAAUGCUAGGUAUAUCUGCAAAUAGUAGCUUUCUGAAGAGUCGACCUACAGAUGCAAGUGCAAUGUUAAGAGGAAGGUGAUUUUAGCUGAGGGGUAAACAUACUUGAGUAAGGGGAAAAAGGACUGCUCCUAGGGAAAAGCUUUAUUCCACCAGAAAGACUUAUGACAGUCUUGCAUUCAGAAAUUUACAACACAGAAAUCAUAACGCUUUGUGAAGAUGCUAUUUGAAUUCUUGGUGGAAUAAAAUCAUGAAUUGUUUUACAGGUUAAACAAGAUUGUACGUUGUUAAAAGAUAAGGAACUUCAUUCUUGUCACUUAGUGUACACAAGGGGAUCUUUCUAGUGCUCUGUUAAAAUACUAAUUCAUGGCACAACAAUAUUUAAAGUAGAAAUUCAGUAGCAUUUUGAUAGUCCCUAAAACUGGACAAACAAGACAUAUUUAAUAUUUUUGGGGGUUUGGCCGUUAUUUAAAACAAUGCAUCAGUUGUGGUUUAAAUUAUUUUUUGUGCCGAUCUCUUGGAGAGUAGUGUAAAUUUCAGCUACUCUAUUGAGUGGAGAACAAAACAUGUUUAAAAGAGUGGAAAGAAAUGUUAGCAACAUUGUGUGCAGUUAAGAUAUAUAUAGUUCUGUCCUCAGAGUAAGAUACAGAUAUUUCUAUCCUCAGAGUAAAACUCAGCCUCUAGCUUUGCUGCUAUGCAAAGGAAGUAAUUGAAAUGUUUAUAAUGUUUUCUGUCUUGUCUCAGAACUGGUUGAGGUGGAUUUUUUAGACGUAGAGAGAGGGAGGUUUAUAGUGACCUUUUCCUCUCAAACAGAUUGUUAACUUGUAGUUCUCAGCAGCAUCUCUUUAGCAAAACUUCAAACUUUGAGUUUAGUCAGUGUCUAAUGAGUUCUUACAAAUAUUUCACGUUUGAAGAUAAAGGUUAUGUACUACCAAUACAUUUCACACUUCCAAUGGCAGGUUUUGAGAGCCAUUAAGCUUUAUUCAGAGUUAUUACAUAAGCAUAAUAUAUUUUUUUCAAUAACUUGCAGACAUUUUUGAUAUUACUGUUCAAAAUAUGGGCAACAAUGAACUGAAAUUAGCUGAUAAUGUGUCUGUGUUAGCUGUUUGGAUGACAAACUUACAGAAGCGCUUCUGUAUUUUCAUGAAUAUUGAAAGUUAAAUGCGGAAGCCUGAAAUAACGUCCUGGAUACCUAAGCCAUUUAGGAAUACAGAACUCUGGGCUGUUUGUCCUUAAAACUGCUAGAUAAGAUCUUGUUACUACUGAAGUUGGUGGAGGUGAAUCUGAGGAGCCAGGACUUGCUGUAGAGCACAGAGAUGGCUUUGUGUAUGCAGAGAGAUGGAUCAGUCCUGUUCCUGUGGAAUGAAGUUCCUCUUGUGCUUUGUGGUGACAGACGUGGGCCCUCACUUCUUAACUUCCUUUUUUUCCCCUUAAUUUCUUACAGAUAACCAGUUUCAUCUCCUAUGCUUCCUAUUACUUGUGGCUGGCAUAGAAAUAAUUAUGUAUAGGACUACCAGUUGAAUGUGUUUUAAGUAAGAUUCCCAUACUAACAUUUAAGCAAUUUUUAUAUGGAGUGUAUCUUACAAAUAAGUUAGCAAAGACUUCU